AUGACCGAAGAAAAGCCAAAACUUAGCAGGGACAUCCUGGAGUCUCACAGCAUCUUCUACGAGGACGACCCGUGGAGCGCAGGAGAUGAUGGUACUCCAGCCGGAAGGCUCCCAGACUAUGUUGAGGUAUUCAGACAAGCUCUCCUGAAUUUUGACAAGAAGAUACCAGAGGAGUGGAGAAUGGACUUGGAAAAAGACGGUGAGAGAUUGCGCACAGAGGAAUACAACGCUCUACCAGAAUCCGCCUACUUCCAACCCCUGCGAUACAGACCUCAGAAAUCUACUGUUGAAGGCAUUGAGAUCGAUGAAUGCAUGCGAAUUCUAGAUGAGUUUAGGGAAGGGAUCAGGAACUGGACGGAGGAUGACGUAACACAUUUUCUCCGCGUCAACAUCUUCAAGCGAUAUGAGGACGCCCAUCCAGACCGGACAAGUUACAAGUAA